AUGCCACAUUCAGUGCAUCCCACGCCUCGAACCGGCACUCCUGACCCUGACGACCUCUCCAUCCGAUAUUGGAACUUCGGUCUUCCCAGAGACCAAUGGACGAAAGAGUGCCCCGAAUAUCUUAUCGGCAUCGGCCAGAAGAACAUUGGGAUCCUGCUCAGUAAGGAUGAGGACUGCCACAGACUGUCGUGGCAGGAAGUGCAGGAACUAGUCAGGACGAACCGCAUCGAUAAGUUCCAGCGACGUCCAAGUGACCUACGCGCAUAUCUCAAACACGUCUACCAUCUCAAAAGUCAAUAUGGCUCGGUGGCGGCAUAUAUCCAACAUGAACUCCUUCGCUGGGACAAUCCCACCCCUUCAGGUGACCCGCCGUUUGAAAAUCCGGCAGACUACAAGAUCCUCUACAACAACUGGCCGUAUCACAUCGACCAAGACAUUACACAUCUCGUGGUGUGGACCAAGUUCCUCAUUGCGGAGGACGAGACCACCCGGCAGGUGACGGCUGAGGCCCACGCCAGUAUCGAGACGUUCAUCGUCAGGACGUUCUGUUCCAACGAGGCAGAAGGAGAACAGAGAGUGAACAGAAACCAGAUCGUAUGGUUUCAAAACUGGAAGAGUCUGAAAAGCGUCCAUGCAUUAGGUAGGUGCCGUUUCCCUGCUGGCAACGAAGAAUCUAUGGUGGCCAUUAUCCAGUUCGACUGA